GGGGCCGGGGGGUUGUCCGCCCGCGGCACGCACAGCAGCCGCAGCAGCCUCGCGCCCGGUCCCGCGGUCGCAGCUCCAGCCGCAGCGUUCGCGCCGCCGCCGUCGCCUCAGCUGCUCGCUUCGUGGGUCGGUCCCUCCGGCACACGGGCUCCAGCCGCGCCGCAGCCGCCCUCCGAGCCCUUCAGGCCGCCCCGGUCUCCUCACCCGGCCCGACCCAGCCCGCGAAGAUGGUGGACCGCGAGCAACUGGUGCAGAAAGCCCGGCUGGCCGAGCAGGCGGAGCGCUACGACGACAUGGCCGCGGCCAUGAAGAACGUGACAGAGCUGAAUGAGCCACUGUCCAAUGAAGAGAGAAACCUCCUGUCUGUGGCCUACAAGAAUGUGGUUGGGGCACGCCGUUCCUCCUGGAGGGUCAUUAGUAGCAUUGAGCAGAAGACAUCUGCAGAUGGCAAUGAGAAGAAGAUUGAGAUGGUCCGUGCUUACCGUGAAAAAAUCGAGAAGGAGCUGGAAGCGGUAUGUCAGGAUGUGCUGAGCCUGCUGGAUAACUACCUGAUCAAGAAUUGCAGUGAGACCCAGUACGAGAGCAAAGUGUUUUACCUGAAGAUGAAAGGGGACUAUUAUCGCUACCUGGCUGAAGUCGCCACUGGAGAGAAGCGGGCGACUGUCGUGGAGUCCUCUGAGAAGGCCUAUAGCGAAGCCCAUGAGAUCAGCAAGGAGCAUAUGCAGCCUACUCACCCCAUUAGAUUAGGCCUGGCUCUUAACUACUCCGUUUUCUACUACGAGAUCCAGAAUGCCCCGGAGCAAGCCUGCCACUUGGCCAAGACCGCCUUCGAUGACGCCAUCGCCGAGCUCGACACUCUGAAUGAGGACUCCUACAAGGACUCCACUCUCAUCAUGCAGCUCCUCCGCGACAACCUAACGCUCUGGACAAGCGAUCAGCAAGACGACGACGGUGGCGAAGGCAACAAUUAAGGCCCCCAGGUGGACUGGCAGCGCCCGCUGAUGCUACUACUGCAGUCUUUAUUUUUUCCCAUGAGCUGGGGGUCGGGUGGGGGAGGGAAAGGGAGGGACAACCUUCCUAGGGAGAAGCCCACGACCUGUCCUGUCUUUGAUUGCCUCUUUGACAUUUUUGCCAAAAUACCACUAGUGGAAAGUCAGGCUAGCUGUGCUGGUAUUGGAAUAGCAGCCUCACACUGGCGUAUGGACUGUUCUGUAGAUGAGUGCAGGUGGAGCUGUCUGUCUUUAAUCUAACUUAUUGCUAGAGAAUAGGGUUUUAAGACGAAAAGAAAACUGAAACGGGAUGGCCCUCAUUCAGUAAGUUCUGUGGUUCCAGUAAGGAUUUGUAUGUACAUACGCUCUUGUCUUACGUUUUGGGUACUUUCUAUCUCAUCUGUUUUAGCUGUGCGUUUUUUUUCAGGGUGUACUCGACCAGCCAUGGACUAGUUUAAAUCCCAAACUGACAGACUUGGAACAUAAGGUGUAUUUAUCCUUAUGGUUUAGGCCUUGCCAGUUUCCCCGAAGUCUCGGAUUAGCUGACAGUAUUAACACUAAAUUGCAGUUUACAGUAUUUCUACAUUACAGCCAUAUGUAACAUCAAGCCAUUGAUUGUGAAUUUUUCUUUGCUAGUUAUUUUGGCUUUACAUCCUUAGUCAGCCUUAUCCAGGUUGGUUUUGCUGUUUGCUGUCUCCUAGGCCAAAGGGCUUGCCUGAGGAGAAUCACAGCUACUUUAGGUUUUGGUUAAUAGGUGCUUGGCAGGUGGCUGUGGGAUUUUUGUCCUUCUUUCCUCUUAACUCAAAUCCACCACAAAAGUAAUCACUUUAAUAGAAAUGUUAAACACCACAAAAAUAGAGAAAAUUCAGGUCUGUAUGUCAUUUAUUGUGUUGAUAUUUUCAGAGAACUCCUGAUUUUUAAGCUGCCACAGCUCCUUCCUCAGGGAUCACGCUGCCAUCACUCUUCACUUGAGUGUUCCCCACUGGACCUUCUGCUAGUGGCUCUCGGGAGGGUGGAGACACUGUUGAGCUGGAGAAGCUGGGCAGUCAUCUUGAGGAAGUUUGUGGUACAGUGUGUGGAAAUUCAGGUGCUAGAAGCUUACUGGUAGAAAAAUCCAAAAGGAAGAGCUCUUCUAUUCAUAAGCAUCCUGUCGAUUUUCGGGAGCCUCGUAAGCAUGUCCGUUUUUCCUUCCCGAAAACACUCCUUCCCCAAACAGUUGUUGUAGGAAGAUGAACUAGAGUCAUUAUCAGAUAAUAAAUCACUCCUAUUUGACCAAGACACUUUCUACAUAUAUAUUUUUUUUCUUUUUAAUGAAAGCUUCGAAGCAGGAGAGUUCUUUUCUCUCUUGCGUAGUCGACGCAUGCUCUGGAAUCGAAGGAAACUACAUUGCUGUUUCCACAAAUCUGUUCUCAGUUAGCCUUAGGUCCUUCAUUCUCAUUUCGGAAAAAUCUGUCUGAAAACAUGACCUGUUGAGUGUGUGUUCAGCCUUUUUUACAAGAUCAGAAACGGUGUGAACUCCCGAGAUCUAGGUAAUGACGCCAGACUUGUUUUGUCUGUUCCUUUGGUUUAUUUAGUCAAGGAGAGGUAUGAGUAAUAAUUGAGGAAACACUGACAGUUGCUUUUGCUGUUUACCAAAAUUGAACUUACAGUUGGGAAAUGAAUAUGUUUGACAGGAUCCAGGUGACAGUGAAGAAUAGAACGAUGAUGCCCUGUAGCAUGGCACAGUUUACCCAGCGUGACUUUCCUUAGAAGGUUCCCUCCAUACGCUAGAGCAAAAGUCCCAAUUAACUGAACCCUAGCAGAACUAGAAGAGAGCUCUGUACAGCUUUUGUGCCAUCACCGGGGCCUAAAGUCAAUGCCAUGGAUGGGAAAUGAUUUUGGGGGGGGGGUAGGUGGGGCUUUCCUUAACUUAUCUUCAUGUCCAGUGAGCAGUGUUGUGUCCUUCCUUGUAGACUUUGGAAAUGAUUUACUGGAAUUACAAAACGUAUUUUUUUCUUUUAAAUUUCAGCUUUGGCUCUGGCUGCUUUUUAGAAUAAUGCAAGAUACAAUUACACCUGAGGGCUAAAAAUGAAGAGGGAACGGGAGACUUGAUAUUUAAGCAGCUUGAAUGGUUUCUUUUCUUUUCUUUAUUUUUAAAGAAAUGCACUUGCCUCUGAUACUGUCUCUCCAGUGAAAUGAUUACUCCUCCAUUACUCUAUUGAUACAAUAUUGUGCAUGCUAGUGUUGUAUUUCUAUACAGUAGCUUGAAAUUUAUUAACUUAUACUGUAGGUGUUAUGUAUUCCUAUGACAAAAAAAAUUAAGUCUUCAAAUUUUUUAAAGUUUUUUUAAUUUAAAUUUUCCUUUUGGGGGUACAGUUUGCUCUACCAAAUAGUGAUCGUAACAAAUUGAUCUGUUUUGGAUGUUGCUAUAGUGACAUGCAGUUAUAUAUUUUGUUUUUAAAGGGGGGGGAGCAAAAGAAACACCAGUGUUAGCUUAAUCUUAAUGUCUGGUGUUUGUCAUGGUGAAAUUAUAACUAUUACAGUGUAGGAGAACAACGACUAUGUUCUCUGAAUGAGCCUUUGUGCUUUUUGUCAUGUUAUGCAGUGAACUAUUUUUAAGGUCUAAUCAGUGAUUAUUUUUCCAACUCCGUGUUUCUCUAAGGAAUUAUUUCACACACGGACCAUUCUUAGCAGUUUUCCUCAGUGAUGGAAUAUCAUGAAUGUGAGUCAUUAUGUAGCUGUCGUACAUUGAGCAAAUAAACUUACAGAUCUGA